ACCAGAUGUUUCAGGCACAUUUCAGCCUCUGCUCUGAGAAUUUAUCCCGAGCAGCCCCUAACAGGACAUUCCUUCUCUACGACUGAGAUAUGAUCAUCUUAAUUUACUUAUUUGUCUUGCUAUGGGAAGAGGCUCACGGAUGGGGAUUCAAGAAUGGAAUUUUUCAUAACUCCAUAUGGCUUGAACAAGCAGCAGGAGUCUACCACAGGGAAGCGCGGUCCGGCAAAUACAAGCUCACCUACGCAGAAGCGAAGGCGGUGUGUGAAUACGAAGGUGGCCAUCUUGCCACCUACAAGCAGUUAGAGGCAGCCAGAAAAAUUGGAUUUCAUGUCUGUGCUGCUGGGUGGAUGGCCAAGGGCAGAGUUGGAUACCCUAUUGUGAAGCCAGGGCCCAACUGUGGAUUUGGAAAAACUGGUGUUAUCGAUUAUGGAAUCCGUCUCAAUAGAAGUGAAAGAUGGGACGCAUAUUGCUACAACCCACAUGCAAAGGAGUGUGGUGGUGUGUUUACAGAUCCAAAGAGAAUUUUUAAAUCUCCAGGCUUUCCAAAUGAGUAUGAUGAUAACCAAAUCUGCUACUGGCACAUUAGACUCAAGUAUGGUCAGCGCAUUCACCUGAGUUUUUUGGACUUUGACCUUGAAGAUGACCCAGCUUGCUUGGCUGACUAUGUUGAAGUAUACGACAGUUACGAUGAUGUCCAUGGCUUUGUGGGAAGAUACUGUGGAGAUGAGCUUCCAGAAGACAUCAUUAGUACAGGAAAUGUCAUGACAUUGAAGUUCCUAAGUGAUGCUUCAGUGACUGCAGGAGGUUUCCAAAUCAAAUACGUCACAGUGGAUCCUCUAUCCAAAUCCAGUCAAGGAAAGAAUGCAAGUACUACAAGUACUACUUCUACUGGAAAUAAAAACUUAUUAGCUGGAAGAUUCAGCCAUUUAUAAAAGAAAAAAAAAAAAAAAGACAUUCCGUAUUUAUGUUUCUAUCUUUUGGAACACUUUUGAUCUCACUUUUAUAUUAUUAUUAUUAACAUUUAUUUAUUAUUUUUCUAAAUGUAAAAGCAUUACCUGAUAAUUUAAGGAAAACUGGAAAAUACAGAAAACUCUGAAUGAGAAAAUAAAAUCUCCCAUAAUCUCCUUGCAUAAAAAUAGCAAGCAUUAAAUUUAUACAUACUUUUUAGUCAUUUUUCAAUUUGUGGUAUAUGUAUAUAUGCAUCUAUAUGUAUUCAUACUUCAAAUUAUUGAAUCCUACUCUAUGUACAGUUUGACAUCUUGAAUAUUUUUAACCUUGAACUAUAUGGUAUACACAUUUUCCCCUAUCACUGAGUAGUCUGCAAAAAUAUGAUUUUGAAUAACUGUAAAAUGUCCAUGGUAUGAUUGUCCCAUACUUUCUGUAAACCUGUCUCUAUUGUGGGAAUUAUUGGUUGUUUUUAUAAAUAUUGUUUCAAUAAACAUCCUUGAACAUA